AUGGGUAUAUCGCAUUUAGAAGGGCCAGUGCAAUUCUACGUAACGAAUCCAGUUUCAAGGGCUUAUACCGUUGGUCACCUUGACAAACGCCUGCCACUGCCUCCAAGCCUCUCCACUCUUGAGUGCCCAGCGCGCCCUCCUCACGCCCUCCUUCCAACGCUCCCCUCCGGGCCCACGCUCCUUGAUGACUACCCCAUCGUCACCGUGGCCCAUGUUGCUCUGGUCGGCCUCGCAGAUGCCACUGGCGACGAAGAGCGUGGCCGUGUUCAACAGCACGAACUCGAGGAUGGGGUCGUCGUCGGCCAUCUCCCCGCGCAGGAUCUUGGUCAGGAUCUCGGCGUUCUCGGCGGGCUCCUUGUUGCCCGACACGUUGGCGAGCGGGUGGUGCUCCGAGAUGACGGCCUCGCCGUUGCCCUCUCCGUCGCGCCGCCGCCUCAGCCGCCACACGUUGGUCGGGCCCGCGCAGCUGACCUCGUCGAGCUCCUCGACGCCGCAGAUCACCAUGGCCUUGUCGACGCCGGCCAUCCUGAGCGCCUCGAGGAAGACGGAACCCAGCUCGGAGCGCGCGACGCCCAGGACCCGGGCCUCGAGGACGGGGCUGCCGACGCCAGAAUCGAUCGGGUUGGACAAGGGGCCGAUGAGGUUGAAGAGCGUCCUCCACGGAAGCUGCUUGCGUAUCGGGGCGACGUAGCGCAUGCCGGUGUGGAAUACUGGGGCGAAGAGGAAGGCGUAGUUGGUCUCGGAGUAGACCUUUGA